GUACUUCGUUUUAUUAUUGGCUUGUUAAAAGUUAAUUUUUUACCAUAUGUAAGUUGACAGAAUCAUAGGAACCAUGUCUUGAGGGGUAAAUCAAACACAAAUGAAUAAAUCCUUAACGAUUUUGUUGUGCAGAAAAGUAUGAUAUUGUGUCUUAAACAGUUUAAAAUCAUUUUCCACUCAAUUGUGUAAUUGCAAGGGAAGUAAACUAAUAGAUAUCUACUUAUAAGUACUAGCCCAAGGCAAGAGUUGUCAUUCUUUGUGGAUCACAACUUUAAAUUAAAAAUUAAAACUUCUGUUAUUGAUAUUAACAAAACUAUCAUAAACUUCACAUUUGUGAAAUCAUUUUUGGUUAUUCCAAGGACUUGGAAAUUAAUUUCUAGACUUUAUUUAAUGUAAUUCUAUCAUUGAAAAUUUUAGGGCCUAUCUCUACAUCAUGAUUAAGAAAUAUUCUAUGCAGAAAUCUGGUUCUUGCACACCCGCAGUACUUUCUCUCCAUACUGGAGUUGAAAGAAGUUACAAAAAGUAAAUACUUUGAAAACAAUUUAUUACAGAAUUAUAGUUCCUACAUUCUGCCUUUUUAUAUUUUAUUUUUCAUUUAAAUAUCUCCUGUGCUUUUGGGGUUACGCACUGGACAAAUAAGUACUAAAAGGAAACAAUUUGAAAACGUUCCAAGACAUGUUGUCCUGUUCUUGCACUCUGUAUUGACUCUCGCUGAUAUCUACUUAUAUUUUGCAUGUAAAUCUAUUCAUUAAUUCUAGAGAUAUGCCUAACAAGGAAAACAUAUUUUUUGAAAAAAAGAAAUUUGAUUUGAAAAUUAUAUUUACGUAUUGUAAUUUAAGUCUCAUUUAAGUCACGUGAGUACUGUUUGGAGCUAUGAUCUGGACAAUGAAUGAUUGACAGACAGACAAGGUCUCUCCAUUCGAACAACAUAAAACUAUUAGUAUAGCUCUUACUAUUAGAGAUUUUCAAUUUACUUCAACGCGGACUGCGGACAGCGGACUACGUACUUAGAGUAGGGGUUUUCUCAAAAUAUUUAAAGGUUCGCAAAAAAAGAAAACAUACCUAUGGUAUAUGUUUCUUUUCCUAUAAUGUGUAGUAACUUUUGCCUUCAUUGUAGAGAUUAGUGUAUUGUGAUAUAAUUAUCUUCUAAUACAAUACAUACGUUUGAAAAUAAAUGAAUAGUGAACGGACUAUAUUUAACACACGUACUCGCAAUUUUCAGAUGUCAUAUUCUACUAUUUGUCUAGUUCUCGACAUAUUAUAACGAUUCGGCUCCAAAAAUGUCUACAUAUAAGAUGCCUCUAGAUUCAGCUAAAUACUCUGUCGUAUUUUACUUGCCUUUAGCAUGUUCUUCAAUUAUCCGCAUGCUUUAACAUUUUAUUUUUAUAUUGAGACAUUUCUGGCGUUACCUAUCUCCGCGCCUCGAACGACACGACAUGAGAAGUUUCGAACCCACGGUACUACGAUCAUACUUCACCUUAAUUAAAACAAUUUGGUUUUAGUUUGUGUCCGUCCAUACGAUUCCUAGACGUGUUUUUCCUAGCCAAAAGAUAAGAAAAAAAGCAGUACAAAAUAUUAGUGUGAAAAAAUAAUUACAACAUUCUGAAUGAAAUGAACGUCCGUUUAAUUUUUGUUGCAUAAUAUAAAUACUGUGUUCUCGUAGACUUCUGUACGGAAAAAAAGUCAUUGUUUUUCAUUAAUUAUGAUAACUGUACAAAAAUAUAGAAGUUUUAAUAAAAAUAUUUUGAAUGAUUUAGUUCAACACUUUGUCUAAGCACACCUGAAGUUCUCAUACAUGUAUCUUCCAUCCCCGUCGAAACGAGAUCAGAGACAGUACCAUGAUAUAGCGACAACAUCCUGAAUUAGUUAUUUAUCAUCACGUUUGAAAAUAAAAAAAGAGAAUUAUAACUACUUCGUAUUAACAUAAUCUGAAAUCAGAUUUUGAAAAAUAAUCAAGACAGGCACGAUCUUGAUGACUGAGGUCACUCCAGGAUUCAAUUUGAAUUCCUGGACAUCUGUUUUCAAAACAUUUUGAGUCUCAGCUAGGUUUGAUAAUGAAACUUUUUCAUUGAUAUCAAAAUUGCAUAUUAAAAUUUAAGUUUUAAAUUCAUUACUAUUUUCAAGUGACUAUUCAGUAUGGACUAUCAAUCUCAACUGGAAUUUAAUCUUAAAGUACUAUUUAAACUAGCUUUUUCAAUCUAAAAUCCAGCUGAGAACGAAAAUUGUUUUAUGAUCAAAGGGUCUGGGAAGCGUCCACUGUCAAAAUUAAGAUCAUAUUCCAAAAAUGUUAUAUGGCAAAUACAUGCAUAGAAUUGUAAACGAAAUUAUAUUUUUGACUUAGUCAACUCUAAUGACACCAUUUGAGCAAUUCUGUUUGGUCAUUUGAUACAACCAGCUUAGUAGUCGAGACUAGCCUUUUAUCAUUAUUGAAAAAGCCUUUUUGGUCGACUACCUUUUCGAACACAGGCAUAUAUGGUAUGUGUAGAUAACUUAACUAAGAUUUAAACUCAUGAAAAUCAGAAAAUGGUUUAAAAAUUCAUAAUGUAGCCAUCAUGUAUAUCAUGAUAGGAUGACCGGGAAAACUGAAUGAAUUCAGUACCUUAUAAAACUGAAUUUGUAAAAGUUUGAAAUGGUUAAGAAGAUAUAAUACAAUGUGCGACAUUUUUUACCGCGGUGCAUUAAAUGUCACGCAUCGUAUCGUGCAUAUUCGAAAUUGUACCUCGUACAGUAGCAUUUCAGCGCCGCGACUACAAUAUUUUCCAUAAUAACACUAUAUACAUUCUUUGAUACCAACUAUUUGAUUAAGUAAUAACUUGUAACAUAUGUUGUUGUGAUCCCCUACGCAUAGGGUUCGCCUGAUCUAAAAUAGGUGAACCUCUCGCGGCACAGGGGAACAGUUUCUGUCUCCUCACCAGGAGGUCAUUGGUUCAAAUCCUGGAUUAUAGGGUCUGUUGAUCGUUGCCUCAACAGCCGUUUUCACUGCUAGCGAAUACUGGCCAGAACCUCACGAAAUUGACAGCAAGCAUAUCAAUAAAUUGCAGCAUUCAAAUAGAAAAGAACAAGUUUGCGAUACAUAUCCUCUAGCUUCUUGUUCAUAAAUAUAGUAGUCGGAAGAUUUGAAAAGAUACAUUAAUCAAAAGGCAAUGUAAAAGGUAAAAAAAUCUAAAAAUGCGCCCACGCUGUUAAGAAUGCUUGUAAGACAAAAUAUACAGUAAAACGGAUAUUGAUCAAUCUUAUUACUGUCUUUUUUUCAGAUAUUUUAAAUGGAGACAGCAUUACGGCAUUAGAACCGGAUGCUAAGUAUGCCACUGUUCAGUUACGCAUAAUUUCCACAUAUACAGUUUGAGAAAACCCCUAUAGUAAGUCCACAGUCCGUGGUCCGCAGUACGCGUCGAAGUGUUAAGAAUGACGUUGCGAUAUUCGAGCGGUAGAUCGUCUUCGGAUCUUUCCAAAUCAAGUUUUUCGGAAGAAAGUGACAUUAAUGCAUCUACUAUCCUCAACAGAAUAAGUAUAAAUAGCGACAUUGCUGCGGGACCGUUGACGGAUAACGUAUUUGAUGUAGAGGAUAGUAAUAAUGACGAGCUUAAUCACGACGGAAGAGUCAUUUUUAAGCGUAACAAUACCAAUAUGGACGAUUUGACUGCUGACACGGAAAACAAUCCAGACUCAGAUUCCGAUGAGAACUAUUAUGAAGAUAUUGAUAUUGGAGGGGUCUUCGAAGAAAUUAGACAAACUUAUGGAGAAGACUUAUCAGAGACUCUUUCUGCGUAUUCCAGAUCUGCGUCUAAAGAAAUCGACAUACACGAUAUCGAAGAAAGUAUUGAUCAUUUGCCAGAGGGGACACAUCCAGAAGAAAAUGACAAGAGUUGUGCAAACUGUUGUAAACCAAGACGAGUCGAAAACGUUUCUUGGUUGAAAGAAGGACAACACAUAAGACUUCCGGGAGCUCGCUUGACGUUCAGUUUUAGGAGAAAACUAGUGCCGGUCUAUUAUCAUCAUGCAAUCGUCAAAAGAGUUAACAAAACCUUUGAGAAUUCGAUAGAAUUGGUUCUGGUUAAUUUCUCAAAAGUAAAGAAGAAAAUAACAAUUAAUGAAGAGACAGUCACAUACGAUCUUGAAAAUGAUGAAAUAGACAUAAUGGACUACGAGCAUCCUAGGUACGACCCAAAAACAGUUGUACAAAGGGCCGAAUCAAUGGUACCUAAAGAGACAGAGACAGAGGGAAAUAAAACAUUCGGAUCGUAUAAUGUAUUUUGCUGCAACUGUGAACACUUUGCUUCUUGGUGCGUGGUUGGAGAAGGGGAAAGUUUUCAAGCAAAAGGCGUCUUGAAAUCAAGUGCCGAAAUUCUCUGUAAAGCAGCAGGCACUGGGUGCAAAAUUGGUAGAUUUAUCAAACGGUUUCUAAACAAGGCAACCACUAAAAUCACAGCGGGCUUUAAUUUUGGAAAGUACAUCCCAGGUAUGUUUCUUGGAGCAACUGCAAUAAUCUAUCUGAUUUAUACCGUUGCUAUGACAAUUGCGUAUCGCGUAAAACUUUCCAAAGGUAAAUUAUGCAAGGUAUGUUUCAAAAGGGAGGUUAUCGCUCUGUGGACAAAUUUUGGUGCAUUUUGCAUUACGUCUGGCAUUUCGUACCUUGUAGUUCACUUUCUGUUGCCGUUACUUACUCCUACUCCCGUUGGAAUUCCGCUGUUCCUCGUCCUGGUACUGCUUUCUCUAUUUCUACAAUGGGGAAUAGGGAAAUUGGUGAAAGCGUUAAGGUCACCAUACGCUUGCGAUAAAAUCGAGGUCAAACAUUUGUCGCAGAUCACACCGGGAUCCAUGAUAUCAUUUAAAUAUUUCCGAAUACCACACUUUGCAAUAGUGACUGAAAAACACGUUGAAAGUGCUGAAUCAAAGAUAGGUACGAUAACGUGUGUACAUUACGGCUUGAAAGGUUUAAAUGUUUUCGGCACAAGGGAGGUAAUAGAAGAAUCUUUCGAACUAGACGUGAACGACAAUAUUAAAAAUGUGAAAUUGGUCGAUUGCAGGCAGUUGAAGACAUUUCCUCCUGAUGAUAUUGUUAAGCGCGUCAGAGCCAGAAUUGGUGAGAAAACAUGGAAACCAUUCUCCAACAGAUCAGAUCACCUAUGCUUUGAUACGAUAGUGAUAGAAGGUAACGACGGGGACAGCCAUAGUGCACGGAGUAAGAUGAUAGGCAAAUCAAGCUCCAAGCACAAAAGUUCAUUUUACGUUGGAAAAAAGGAAAUACACCUCAGAAGCGAUCUACAUAUCGGACAUAUUGUGAAAUAUAAAGGACACGUUGGAAUUGUUGUUCGUCUAGAAGACGUAACUGAAGGUGGGGAACAGAAUUUUAAAAUGGAUAUGAUAGUUCAUUGGGACUCUUGGGUCAUUCGCAAAAGGUUUUCUGUUGACCUUAAAAACGAGAGGUUGCUGAUUAUGAAAUACAAUCCUGCACAUUGUUGUCCCAUGGACGACCGGGUUCAACGAGCUCGCCAGAUAGAAGGUGAAUUGUCUGAAUUCCGAACAGGGAAAGACUUUCUCGAAAACUGCAUUCUUAAAAAGUUAUGAAACAGAAUAACUGUUACGUUUGCAAAAACAGUUAUGGAAGCACAUGUACAAUAAUUUUUAAUAAUUUUACCUGUGUAUAGCUUAAGAACUAAUCUACAUAAUUUGUAUGGUUAUUUAUUUCCAACAUUUAUUGCAUUGAUACACUUCCCUCAUCAUAAGCUUUUAUAUAGGGCGAUAUGCUUGUUUCAUAAUAUGUUUCAGACUAAUGUUUUGUGUUUUAUCAAUAAUAGUGUGUAUAUGAGUUAGCAGUGUUUUGUUUGAAUAAAUAUCAUGUCAUUCACAAAACAAUCGUUUGAUUUGUUUAGCAUGGUCUCUACGCAUUGCAUCAGACAAACUUAUAGUUGAAUGUACCUUUUGAUGUUUUACUAAGAGACUGAUUUCUUGACUGUGCUUUUAUCUUUUUAUUUUUACGUUUCAAAUAAAGUGAAUUGUUUCUUCAUG